UUGGAUAACACAUACCAGCGGAGAGGAGCGCUAAUUGAACACUGCAUGACUGAAGCUCGAGAACGCGUUCGCCAGAUGAGAGAGGAUAUGGCAGGCAAAAGGGAUGAUGCCAAGUUCAUGAGAAAUCUGCGUAGUGAGCAGAGCAGGAUCCGAGAACUGCAGAAUGAAUUAACCAUUGAGGAGAUCGUUAGAGAACGCAGUUUAAAGGUCUUUGAGGAAAGGUGCCGUCAGUUCUACAAGCCCGAAAAGAGUGACUGAUCCGUAUGGGAUGAAGCAUGUAGGUGCAAGUGAAGGCAGAGUACAAGACUUUCCUGACACAGUCUUCUAGGGGAUGGAAAGAGAACUGCUGUCUGUUAUUUUUGGGGUUAAUUGUUAUCAUCGCGUGGAACAUGUUUAUUCCAGUGGGGUUAUAUUUUUUUUUCUUUUAUUGUACACAUUGUAAUUAAGUUUGUAGAGAGGACCUAUGUUAAAGCAGCUAGGUUCAUGUUGAAUAUUAUUUUCCUGAAAUGUAUAUUGACCAACAUUUAGCAUUAAAAUAAAGACCUGCAGCAUAUUUCAUGUCAUAGAACUGAGUUUUUCUGCAUUACUCACGUCAUCAUUAAACUCAUGUUUGUUAUUUACCUUUUUUUAUUGAGAUGAUGUAUAUAGUAAAGUUGAUGUGAAAA